AUGUCUCUGUGGCUUUGUCUGUUAUUGGCCCUUGGAGCUGCAUUCCUUUAUGUGGUGGUUCGCGUGCUCGUCCGGCAAAGGAGGCCCUGUGCCAAGCUCUCCGAGCUCCGAGCAGUGGCUGCUGCCCUGGCCCAGAAGCAGUGCAUCUCGAUCGUUGGCUGCUGUUGCACUGGGAAAUCGACCUUGGCGCACACCCUGGCCAAGAUCAAGGGUGUGCGGCACAUCGAGCUGGACAGCCUGGCGUGGCUUCCAGGCUGGCAGAAUCGUGAUCGCGAGGAGUUCAAGGCAAUGCUGUCCCAGCAGAUCCAAGAGGCGAAGGCACAAGGCGGAUUCACUAUAGACGGGAACUACUUCAAUGCCACGGGCGGAUUUGUGUGGGACGAGGUGGAGGUGGUCGUGUGGUUGGACUUGGACUUCUGGGUAGUACUCACCCGUGCUGUAUGGCGCACUCUCAAGCGUAUGAUUUGCCGCAUUGAGUGCUGCAACGGGAAUUACGAGCAUCCGGGCUUGCUCUUUACUGGGGACAGUGUCAUCACUUGGGUCAUCAAGGUGCACCACUUGCAAGAAGAAAAGCUUCGCCGAAUGCGGGAAAAGCACCAGCACCAGCCCCUCUUCGUUCGGAUCCGCUGCCCGCAAGAUGUGGACCGCCUCGUGCAGCUCGUGCGGUUGGAAGUGGGACUUUAG